AACUCCUGCAAUCUUUCUGCUUGUGUGGCUUCAAAUCCUACUAACAUUCCCGAUCUGAACCCUACUUUGUCUCCUUCUGGAUUUUUCCUUUCAGUUCAAUAAUCAUACAUCAAUAUGUGUUCCUCCUCAAUCCCCCAUUUAUUGCUAGACCUCUCCUCUCCUGCAACUGGUUCAAAGAGCACUGUUACGGCCGUACCAUUAGUUGCCCGCCAAUUCUCUCAUUUGAAUUGUCUUCUGAUUAGCCCGUGGACACUUGGUAUUGACUGAGAUGGAGAGGUUUUCACAAAGAGAGAGCAUUCUUUUAGGCUACAGUCCUCAAAAUUCCUUCAUCAACUCUGGUUCUUCACCCCGCAGUCCCUACAAGAACUCAGAUGUUGAUUUCCAUGAUGUGUUUGGUGGCCCUCCGAGGCGAUCAUCGAUUCAAGAUAUGAGGUACAGCUUCAACGAUGUUACAGUGACCAGUGCACCCAAAAGGGAUGAUGAUGAUGAUGAGGAAGGUUGGUCUGAGAAGCCGGUGUUUGGGGAAGAGUCCCACAACAGAAGGCGGACUCACAGUGAUGACUUCUUUGAUGACAUAUUUAAAGCCAGCAAUUCAGUGAGUUCUAGUCCGAGGAGGCUUCAACGGGACCCUUAUUCUUCUUCUCCAGGUUCUCGGGUUCUAAGUCCGGCACGGCCCCUGCCGCCUAAACCGGAAUCUUCUCUGGGUUCCUCACUGCCACCACAAUUCAGCCUGCCUGCCAAAUUGACCAAAGGGGUGGACUCUCCUCCAACAAUUGGUGCCAUUACUCGCACGACUUCUCUUUCUAGAUUUUCAAGCCAAGCAUUUCAAAGUUCUGAAAACUUGAAAAGUGACAUUCGGUCAUCACUUCGCAUGAGCCAUUUUUCCCAGGACUUUUCUGUUACCGGUGAAGGGUCCUCAAACUUGGCCGAGACUGACAAAGAUGAUACAGGAGGCAAUUUGGAACAGGAUUCUAAGAGUUCCCAAAGUCCAACUAGUAGCAAUCUGUUUCAGUUUCAUUUCUCAAUAUACAAGUGGGCUAGCAAGCCAAUGGUGAUGCCUUUUAGGGGAAGGAGUGGUUCAAGAGCGCAAGCGACUAAAAAUAAGGAGCAAUCAAGCACUUGUGAAUACGCUGGUAACAAGAGUAUUGGAAGGAAAUCACCUAUAUCCACUCUGCCUAGUACUGAUUUUACCUCCAAUGAUCACCCGCUGACAGAUUCUACGUCGUCCAAGUUGGAAAGCAACAAACAAGAAAAUGAUUUGCUUCUUGAUGAAAGCAUUACCAACAAAGUAGAAGAACAGCCAAAUCGAUUCAUUGAAGAGACAAUUCUUCCUGUAGUUGAAUCUUCAGAAACUUUCUGCAGCCUUUGUAGUACUGUUGAAGAUGAAGCUGGUGCCACUGUUUCAUGCCAAUGGCCGAAAAAAGACACCGAUUCAUGCCAGACUUGUGAAGAUAUAGAGCCUCGUCCUUUGCUUCAAACAGCUUGUGAAGAUCCACAAGAAAAAGUUCAUGUGCUUAUGGAACAACUGCACAAGCCUGAGAUAAAACCUACUCAUUCUCUGUUUUUUGAUAAUGAUCUUGGAGAAGGAACUAAGGAGAUAACUAAAUUGGCUGGUAAAAAGGAAAGCCUGGUCGAAGCCACCAAAAAAUCAUCUGUAGAUGUUGGUUCUAGUAGAAAUGUGAAAAAUCAGAAUGGAAAAAGAAGUUCCCUGACUACUGUUCAAGUUGAUAAAGCUGGUGUCCAAGGUUCACUUCGGAACUUGGGAGACCAUCUUGGGAGAAACAAAGUCAAGGGAACGGUUAAGGAUUUUGUUAAAAUGUUCAACCAAGAAGCAUUGUCAAAACCCAAAGAUGAUGAUGACUUUGGAAGUCGGCGCUUUAAACGGAAGGAGAAAAAUCCUAUUGAAUCGGUGAAUGAAGCAAGUAUAAGCACAACUAUAAUGCAUGAGGAAUUACAAAAUUCCAAUGUGAAGAAAACAUUUCCAGAUGCUUCUUCCAUCAAGAUAAAAGAAGAUCUCAAACGUUCAGAGAAAGAAGCUUUUGAAGCAAAGACUGCUAGCUUUAUCCUUAAUAAUGUUCCUAAGCAGUAUGCCUCAGCUUCAAGUACUGGAUCAGUUGCCAACUGCUCUAAGGCAAAUACUGGAGAUUUAGAUGAGUCCUUCCAUGAAAACAUCCAGAUCAAAGAAUUAACUCAAGAUGAGAAGAAACCGCCAGUAGUUGGCAAUAAUCAUGAGGAGUUGCAGGUUAUCGAUGCUAAAAUCCGGCAGUGGUCAAAGGGAAAGGAAGGAAACGUACGCUCACUGCUCACUACUAUGCAACAUAUUGUUUGGCCUGAGAGCGGGUGGAAGACUGUACCUCUAGUUGAUAUAAUUGAAGGUAAUGCUGUGAAAAGAUCAUAUCAAAGGGCUUUACUCUGUUUACACCCUGAUAAACUACAACAGAAAGGAGCUACUUCACAACAGAAAUACAUUGCAGAAAAAGUCUUUGAUAUCUUGCAGGAGGCAUGGAAUCACUUCAACUCGCUUGGUCCACUAUGACAAUUUGAUGUUGAAUUUCAAUGACAGAGAGUUCAGAAAAGACACUUUAAAGUUUAAAUUGAAGUGCAUCCACAUGUAGAUAUCAUUUUGAUUGCAGAAAUAUACAACUUUUUUUUUUUUUUUUACUGAUAAAAGAGAUAAAAUUGCCUAAUUGCCAAUC